GGCGCGAAGGCGGUGACGCGUCCUAUAAAAGGCGCCGGCAGGAGGCGGAGCUCCGCAGUCCUGCUCGGACCGGCGAGGCGGUCGCACUUAGGAGCGAAGCGGAGGGCAGCGGAGGCGAAGCCGGGCUGUGCCCAAGCUUGACGAUGUCUGGGGGGCUGGAGAUCAUGGAAGCGCAGCGGCUGUGGGAGCCGGACUCCAAGCGCAACACCAGCAUGGACCGGUUCAGGGCGGCGGUCACCGCGGCUUACGGCAUCCGCCUGGCCAACUACAGCGAGUUGUAUCAGUGGUCGGUACAGCAUUAUUCGGAUUUUUGGGCAGAGUUUUGGAAAUUCAGCGGGAUCGCCUAUUCUCGGCUUUAUGAUGAGGUGAUUGAUCCCUCCAAGGGCAUCACAGAUGUUCCUGAAUGGUUUAAAGGCAGCCGUCUAAACUACGCCGAAAACCUCCUGAAGCAUGAAGAGAACGACAAAAUCGCCCUCUAUGCCGCACGGGAAGGGAAGGAAGAGAUAGAAAAAGUGACCUUUGAUGACUUGAGGCACCAGGUGGCUUUCUACGCUGCGGCCAUGAGGAAGCUGGGAGUGCAGCCCGGAGACAGGGUGGUGGGUUACCUGCCCAACAGCAUCCACGUGGUGGAGGCCAUGCUAGCCGCUGCCAGCAUCGGGGCCAUCUGGAGCGCGACGUCGCCGGAUUUUGGCAUCAAUGGCGUCCUGGACCGGUUCUCCCAAAUUCAGCCCAAGUUAAUCUUCUCCGUUGAAGCCGUCGUCUACAACGGGAAACGGCACAAUCACCUGGACAAGCUGCAGAGGGUGGUCAAAGGCCUUCCGGAUCUGAAAAAAGUGGUUGUGAUCCCCUACGUCUCUUCAAGAGAAUCCAUAGAUAUUUCCAGAAUCCCAAACAGCGUCUUUUUAGAAGAUUUUCUCGGAAUGGGCCAGGGAGACCAGGCACCGCAGCUGGAGUUUGAGCAGCUUCCCUUCAGCCACCCGCUUUUUAUCAUGUACUCUUCCGGCACGACGGGAGCCCCGAAAUGCAUGGUGCAUUCUGCAGGGGGGACUUUGAUUCAGCACCUGAAGGAACAUAUUCUUCACGGGAACAUGAGCAGUAAUGAUGUCAUCAUAUACUAUACCACGACCGGUUGGAUGAUGUGGAAUUGGCUGGUGUCUGCCCUCGCCGUGGGGGCCUCGGUGGUCCUGUACGAUGGCUCCCCACUGGUUCCUUCUCCCAACGUCUUGUGGGACUUGGUGGAUCGAGUAGGAAUUACCAUCCUUGGGACUGGUGCCAAGUGGUUGGCAGUGCUGGAAGAGAAGAAUCUGAAGCCACGUAAAACCCACAACCUUCAGACCCUGCACACCAUCUUGUCAACCGGGUCUCCCCUCAAAAGUCAAAGUUACGAGUACGUCUACCAGCACAUCAAGAGCAGUGUCCUCCUGGGCUCCAUUUCAGGAGGCACCGAUAUAAUUUCGUGUUUCAUGGGUCAUAACGUGACCAUUCCGGUUUACAAAGGCGAGAUCCAGGCGCGGAAUCUGGCAAUGGCAGUAGAAGCGUGGAAUGAGCAAGGGGAGCCCGUUUGGGGAGAAAACGGUGAGCUGGUUUGCACCAAACCUAUCCCUUGUCAACCCACACAUUUCUGGAACGAUGAAAAUCGAAGCAAAUACCGAAAGGCGUAUUUUUCCAGGUUUCCAGGUGUUUGGGCCCACGGAGACUACUGCAAAAUUAAUCCUCAGACAGGUGGGAUCAUCAUGCUGGGCCGCAGCGACGGCACGCUGAAUCCGAGCGGAGUGAGGUUUGGCAGUUCGGAGAUCUAUAACAUUGUGGAAGCAUUCGAGGAGGUUUCCGACAGCCUCUGUGUCCCACAGUACAACAAAGACGGUGAGGAAAGAGUAGUCCUCUUCUUGAAGAUGGCCACCAACCACGAGUUCAGUCCCGAUCUGGUGAAGCGAAUCAGGGAAGCGAUUCGGGUGGCCCUUUCGGCUCGGCAUGUGCCCAGUAUUAUUCUGGAAACGGAAGGGAUUCCGUACACCAUCAGCGGAAAGAAGGUGGAAGUGGCCGUCAAACAGAUCAUAGCCGGCAAGGAGGUGGCGAAGCGCGAUAUCUUCUCUAACCCAGAGACACUCAAUCUCUACUCUAACAUUCCUGAGCUGCAGGGGUUUUGAAGGAACUCGUCUCUUUCCCGUCUCUUGGUGUGUGAGUGUCUCUCUGCGUGUGUUUGCGUGUGUGUCAGGUUAUAGCCGGGUGUAUAUAAGACGUACAUGGAUGAUCUCCAUCCAGGAAAUUGACUUGAGCGAUUCUCCUUCCAGAGGGGGACAGAAGAAAAUCCGAUUUAGCUGAGCGCUUCAGGAAAUAAGAAGGGCUGAAUCAUUUGGAUGGGUUUGGGAAUGUCGCGUUUGCUUUUCUUCCCGCUCAGAAAAAUGGGAAUCUGAACCCAUUGGGCAGAAGCUUUCACAACCUAGGUGCUAAAACAGUGGUUCUCAACCUGUGGGUCGGGACCCCAUUUGGGGUCGAACGACCAUUUCACGGGGGUCGCCAAACAACGCAGUCCACCAUUUUUUCCCCCUUUUCUUUGGCCACGCCCCUGGCACCCAGUGAUGUAUAAGUGGUUGGGAGUCACCACAACAUGGGAAACUGUAUUAUGGGGUCGCGGCAUUAGAAAGGUUGAGAACCACUGUGCUUAAAGAAUGGGAUCCUGGUUUAAAUGUUUAUCAUUUGAAAAGCAAGGAUGAGUCUCGGGACGACACCAGGAUGGAUCCUGGCUAGUUGAGAAAGGGGAGUUUGAAACGGUGGCCUGAAUAUUUUGGGCAGAUGUUUCUCAGUGGGGAGGUGAGAAGGAACCUCUGGAAGAGACAUUCCUUGCUUGUCUCACUGAGGACAGUUGCAGGAAGCUUGAAAAACAUCUUUUCGGUUGAGGUCGAUUGGUAGGCAGCUACGGAAUUAGCCGCCAUCUUGAAAAAAAUAAGCUUUUAAAUAAGGUCCCCCCUGAAUCCUUAACCCUCCACGUCCAAUGUUUCCACUUGAGAAACGUUGGCUAGUGCAAGGAAAUAUUUGUUUUACUUUUUUCUUUAAAAGAGAGAGAGAGAGAGAUGCACUUUUUAAGUUUAUUUAACUUUUUAAAAAAACAAAUCUUUGUGGGAACCAACAGCAAUUUCAGAUCACUGUUAUUAAAAAAAA